CCCCGGCCGGCCGGCACCAUGCGCGCCGCCCUGCUCCUGCUCCUCGCCCUACUCCGGCUCCUGCCCGGCCGCGCCGCCCGCCCCAAGCUCGCCCUGCCCAUCCGACCGGACACGGACCCGCCGCCCCCCGGGGGGACGGCAGGCUGCGCCUUCGGGGGACACUUCUAUGCCCUGGAGGAGACGUGGCACCCGGACCUGGGGGAGCCUUUUGGGGUCAUGCGCUGUGUUAUCUGCCACUGCGAGCCGCAGAGGAACCGCCGAGGGAAGCCGGCAGGGAAAGUGAACUGCAAGAACAUGAAGCAAGACUGCCCCGUGCCCGCCUGUUCCCGCGCCACCCUGCUGCCCGGGCACUGCUGCCCCACCUGCCCCAAAGCCUUGCCAGGCCUUUCAGAGAAGAGUCCUGCCCAUCCCUUCGACACUUUUGAGUACUUUCAAGACAAGGAGGAUGACCUGGACAAGCCCUACAAUGACCGCUCCUACCUCAGCUCUGAGGGGCUGGCCCGUGACGAUGCCCGCACAGAAUUUGUGGCCUUGCUGACAAGUGGCCCAGAGCCAUGGCACCCCACUUCCAGUGCAGUGGCCAAGGCUCGCUUCACCCUGCUGCGUUCCUACCUGCUCUUCUCCAUCAGCUAUGAGCGGCUGGGGCGGCCGAGCCGAGUACGUUUUAGUGACCCUGAGGGCAACGUGCUGUUUGAACACCCCGUGCAGAAGAACGCGGCCCCUGAAGAUGGCAUGCUCUGUGGGAUGUGGAGGACAGUGUCCAAAGCCAAUGUCCAGCUGCUACGUGGAGAGCAGCUCCGUGUGUCCCUCAUCACCCGGGCACAGCCCUCCGGAGAGGUCCAUGGGCACAUCCUCAAGCACAGGGCACUCUUUGCAGAGACAUUUGGUGCCAUCCUGACCUCAUCAGACCCAACACACCUGGGCACUGGGGGCAUGGCAAUGCUGACACUGAGUGACACUGAGAACAACCUGCACUUCAUCCUCAUGGCCCGGGGCUUGCUGGAACCUGGCAUCAGGGAAUCCCCAUGGGUCCCACUGCGAGUCCGCAUCCUGCACCAUGGCCAGACGCUACGGGAGAUCCAGGCCAACAUCACUGUGGAGGACCCUGACUUCGCAGAGGUGCUGAGUGAACUGUCUGCCCGUGAGCUGCAGUGGUUGGUGCAGGGGCAGCUCCGCAUCGUGGCUGAGACAGUGGGCCAGCAUGCACGCCAGCUGGCUGGCACCAUCACCACCCGCCGCAGCUGUGACACCAUCCAAAGUGUGCUGUGUGGAGCGGACGCCUUGCUGCCGACCAAGACAGGGGCUGUGGGCUCAGCCAAGCUGGCACUGCAUGAGAAUGGCACCCUGGAGUACCAGGUGCAGGUGGUUGGCACUGCCAGUGAGGUGGUGGGCAUCACACUGGAGACCAAACCCCGAAGGAAGAGCAAGAGGAACAUCUUGUUUGAUAUGACUGCCAGCUACAAGGAUGGGCUGGCUCAGGGUGUCUGGCAGAACCCCAGUGCCCGCGAUGCCCACAUGCUGCUGCAGAAUGAGCUUUUCCUCAAUGUGGCCACCAAGGACUGGGCGGAGGGCGAGUUGCGGGGACAGGUCAUCUCCCUUCCCUACAGCGGGCUGCUUGCCCGCUACACAGAGAUGCCCGUGGUGCUGGCAGGGCAGCUGGUGUCCCCCCCGGUGAGCAGUGGGGCUGGGGGACAUGCCUGGCUCUCACUGGAUGAGCACUGUCACCUGCACUACGAGAUCUCGGUGGCUGGGCUGGGCCACCCGGGUGAUGGCACUGUCAGCGCCCAUCUCCACGGAGUGGCUGAGCUGGGCGAGAUGGGUGCCCGCCCCCACCAGCACAAGCGCUUGCUGAAAGGUUUCUACAGCACUGAGCAGGCUCAGGGGGUGGUGAAGGACCUGGAUGCCGACCUGCUGCAGCAUCUGGCCCAGGGCACUGCUUUCCUGCAAGUCAGCACCAAAGCCCAUCCUCAUGGGGAGAUGCGAGGACAGGUGCACAUUCCUAACCGGUGCCAUGCAGGAGGGACACGCUUGGCUUCAGGGGAGUCCCUGGGGGAGGCUGAGCUCCCUGAGGGCACUAAGACCAGGGACCUGGAGCAGCUAAAGAACGACCCUAACUCCUGCUUUUUUGAGGGACAGCACCGGGCACAUGGCACCCGCUGGGCACCUGAAUAUGACAAGAAGUGCUCCAUCUGCAGCUGCCAGAAGCGCACAGUGAUCUGUGACCCCAUCCUGUGCCAGCCCCUCAACUGUACCCACCAGGUGCACCCUGAGAACCUGUGCUGCCCCAUCUGUGAAGAGAAGAAGAUGGGGCAGGAGGAGCUGAAGCUGGAGCGAGCAAGGGACAGUAGUGAGGGCUGCUACUUCGAUGGGGACAAGACAUGGCGAGGCUCUGGCACCCGUUGGCAUCCUGUUGUUCCCCCUUUUGGCCUCAUCAAAUGUGCUAUUUGUACCUGCAAGGGCACCACAGGUGAAGUGCACUGUGAGAAGGUGCAGUGCCCACGGCUCACCUGUGCCAACCCCGUGCGUGCCAGCCCCUCCGACUGCUGCAAGCAGUGCCCAGCCCCAGAGAAGAGUGUCCCUGAGCUGGCUGACAGCAUGCAGGCAGAUGGGCCACGGGCGUGCCGCUUUGGUCGCCGCUGGUACCUCAACAAUGAGAGCUGGCACCCCUCCGUGCCCCCCUUUGGAGAAAUGAAGUGUAUCCUGUGCUGGUGUGUGUCGGGGGAGACACAUUGCCAGCGCCAGGAGUGCCCGCCAGCCACCUGCUCCAGCCCUGCCAGGAGGGACAACCCCUGCUGCACCAAGUGCCAUGCCCCAGAUGACCCUGUGGAUGUGCGGGAGAAGGUCCAGAAUGCCCAGACAGAGGCGUGGAGCCACUGAGCAGUGACCGCCGCUCACAGCGGGGCAAGUGUGCAGCGAGGCUGGGCAGCCAGGAGUGUGAUCCUCACCACCCAUUGCUUCCACACAGGGUGGGGGGCAAAGAGGAGCCCAGUGGGAUGGACACAGCCAAGCACCCAGCCUGGACACCCCGUCUGGGCAUGGCUGCAGUGCCAGAGCUGCCCUGCCCACUCGUGCCAGCUGGCAGAGCCAGGGCACCCGCUGCCCUCCCCCUCUGAGCCCCAUUGGCCGACAGGCACAGCAGGCAGCAUGCCCACCUUGUACAUAGUGUAAAAUCCCUCUGGCCCCCAUCUCCCUGCACCCUUCCUGGCUUGGCCGGGCUAAUCACAUAAUUUAUGGUGCCCAUGGACGGGGGUCCCACUGUAUUUAUUAAAACCAGAGAUA